CUGCUCUUGGCCGGCCUCGCGCGUGCGCGGUGCGGCGGCGGCGGCGGCUCGCGGGCGGCUUGAGCGGCCGAGGCGAUGGGGCUGAGCCGUGUGCGCGCGGUCUUCUUUGACCUGGACAACACGCUCAUCGACACGGCAGGGGCGAGCCGGAGAGGCAUGUUGGAGGUAAUAAAGCUCUUACAAUCAAAAUACCACUACAAAGAAGAGGCAGAAAUCAUCUGUGAUAAAGUUCAGGUUAAACUCAGCAAGGAAUGCUUUCAUCCUUACAGUACAUGCAUUACAGAUGUGAGGACUUCACACUGGGAAGAAGCAAUCCAGGAAACCAAAGGUGGUGCUGACAAUAGGAAACUGGCAGAAGAAUGUUAUUUCCUGUGGAAGUCUACACGUUUACAGCAUAUGAUCCUAGCAGAAGAUGUCAAAGCCAUGCUCACUGAACUUCGCAAAGAGGUCCGCCUACUCUUGUUAACAAACGGUGACAGACAGACACAGAGGGAGAAGAUAGAGGCUUGUGCCUGCCAGUCUUACUUUGACGCUAUUGUUGUCGGAGGAGAGCAGAAAGAGGAGAAACCAGCACCUUCCAUAUUUUAUCACUGCUGUGAUCUCCUUGGAGUGCAGCCAGGAGACUGCGUGAUGGUUGGUGACACACUAGAAACCGAUAUACAAGGAGGCCUCAAUGCAGGACUGAAAGCCACAGUCUGGAUAAACAAGAGUGGAAGGGUGCCGCUGACGUCAUCCCCCAUGCCUCACUAUAUGGUUUCCUCUGUGCUGGAAUUACCUGCUCUCUUACAAAGCAUAGAUUGCAAAGUCAGCAUGUCUGUGUAGCGCACAGAGGAACACAGCAAGCAAGUGCAGAGCCAGUUGACGGGGCAGAACUAAUGAACACCGAGGCAUUCUGUGUUUGUUUUCAGUUCCAAGAAUAAUGUGAGUGAGGGAUUCACGGCCAUGCUGUGAAGAUCCUCCCAUCCCUGCCGCUGUUGAUAACCAUAGGCUUGUACUCACAUCUGAAAUCCAGGUUUUAGUUGUGUAGUGCAGAAAACUUGAAGGAAGGCAGGAUAGCUUACAUGUGGAUAUGAAGGUACUGGUUUACAGCAUAGAAAUAGAUAUUUUUUUAAAAAAUAGAUAUUCUAAAAUAGAGAUUCAAGCAACUAAAUCAGGUCGGCAUAAGUACUAAAUCAUACAAAUCAAAACAUUUCAUAGUGAAAUUUUGCAUAUUUUAGACAAUUUUUUUGUUAAAACAUUUUACCUACUUUCAAUGUGUAUGUUCUUAUCUAUUUGAUUUUUCUGCAUGAAUUUUGAAGGGCUUAAUUUUCUGUGGUGUGAACAUGACAGAUUGUUAUCAUUUGGAAAAAAAAAAUAAUAAAAAUCAACCCAUGGUGCUCCUUUCCACACCAUUUGAUACUUCUGCAGUGAGCUUGUGGCUUCCAUAGUCUUUAUUCCUAAAGAGUAAAAGCUACCUUUUUUGAGGCACACAGUGGAGAGGACUGGACACUUUGCUUAGGUUAAGUGCUGGCCACAGGGCACCAAAGCCAUUUGCUCUUGUGGAUCCACAGAAGAGAAUUGCCUCCAUGUGUUCUGACCAGGCAGCCUCCCUACUGGUCUGUUUUCUGGUGACUGUUUCCCGCAGAUGACUAAACUAGUAGAGAAAGUUAGGCGUGGAAAGCCAGGGGUGGUGGUACUACCUGUAAUCCCAGCACUCAGUCAGCAGAAGCAGGUAGAUCUCUGUGAGUUCGAGGAUGCAUCGUGAGAACCUCUCUCCAAAAAAAAGAAGAAAGAAUGAAAAUUGACUUGAGUGGCUUUCACAGUUACCUCCAAGUUUGAGGUAGCACUGUGUCUCAGACCCUCUAGUGCUCACUUGGAGCUUGAUUAAUGUUCCAUGGCAACAUUGGCAACCAGGGAAUUUCCCCCAGGUUGUUAGACUGCCAGUCUCAUGAUUUUCUAACCAAACUUGGAAUGUGUGGCUAAUAAAGGAAAAAUAAUGAAAUAAAUAUUACAUGAGUUGGUUUGAGUAGGUUUUAAAAAAAUUAGAAGAAAGCACUAAUGGGAAAUACUAGAUAGACUACAUUGAGAAAUAUGUAGGUUUGACUUCAAGAGUGAGACAAUCACAUUCUAGGUUCUGCCUCCUUGUGAACCUAAUAACCAUUGUUCUGUGUCUACUAAUAACAACCAGAUUCUCUGUACAAAUGUCCUCUUGUGUUUGCUUCUCUUAGUUCUUUAAAACAUUGUGUCCUUCCUCGACUGUCCUGCAGUAUGGCUGCUGUGAAGUAGGAUGUUCAGGCACAGUGCCCAUAUGACCUUGAUUAAAAUGUACCUAUCUAAAAA